AUGCAGAUACCGAAGUAUGAGAAUAAGCCAUUCAGACCUCCCAGAAGGAUCGGAUCAAGUAAGAACGCAGAACUCAAAUCAACCACCAGCACAGUCACAACUGCUCCUAUACCUAAGGCAGAAGUUACUACCAACCUGAAAAGAAAUAUCUCUGCAGGCACUCCUCUCAAUGUUGCUAAAAAGCCGAAUAAUCUAGCCUCAAACGAAGCCAUUAGGUAUUUUACUAUCAUGUACAGGAAGCCUACCACUAAAAAGCACAAGACUUGGAGUGGUGAUGGCUACGCCACCUUGAAAGUUAAUAGUAGUAAACUGGGUUUUUAUAAUGAAGCAGGGAAGCUUCUUGGGUCAAGUACGCUACCGAGUGAUUCAGCUUCUCUUUUUGAAACUCUUUUCAAAGCGGGCUCCAAUGAAGUACAGUUAGAUUACGAAUUGAAGGAAAGCACAGAGAUAAAUAGUGCCAAAAAAGCCUUAUCACAGGCGGUAGGAAAUACCAGCUCAAUUACCACCAGCGCAACAGUAACAGUGCCCUCUACAAAGAACGACGGUGGCAAAUAUCAAAUGCCUCUGUCUCAACUAUUCACGCUAAACACUGUGAAAAAGUUUAAAUCAGUAACAAAGCAACCAAGUGAACAUAUGACCACACUAACUAAAAACAACCAAAAUUCUCAAGCCAGAAAAUAUUAUCCAGUGUUUGAUGUCAGCAAAAUCGAUAAUCCUUUAAUAAUGAACAAAAAUGCAGCCGCUGAAGUUGACGUAAUUGUUGAUCCAUUACUGGGUAAAUUUUUGCGCCCCCAUCAGAGGGAAGGAGUGAAGUUUAUGUAUGAUUGCGUAAUGGGUUUAGCAAGACCACGUAUUGAAAACCAGAACAUUGAUUGUACUACUAAAAGUUUAGUGCUUGAGAACGACUCAGAUAUUAGCGGAUGCCUGUUGGCUGAUGACAUGGGCUUAGGUAAAACACUAAUGAGUAUAACCUUGAUUUGGACAUUGAUCAGGCAAACCCCUUUUGCAUCAAAAGUUCCAUGUUCACAAUCAGGGAUACCAUUAAGCGGUCUUUGUAAAAAAAUUUUAAUUGUUUGUCCUGUCACUUUAAUAGGAAAUUGGAAAAGAGAGUUUGGAAAAUGGUUAAAUUUGUCAAGAAUAGGUAUUUUGACAUUGAGUUCAAGAAAUUCUCCUGAUAUGGAUAAAAUGGCUGUCAGGAAUUUUUUAAAAGUGCAACGAACUUACCAAGUCUUGAUUAUUGGCUAUGAAAAACUGCUAAGUGUUUCCGAAGAAUUAGAGAAAAAUAAACAGCUGAUUGACCUCCUGGUCUGUGACGAAGGGCAUCGACUAAAAAAUGGGACUUCUAAAAUUUUAAAUACGUUGAAGAAUUUAGACAUAAGAAAAAAACUUCUGCUUACGGGGACUCCAAUACAGAAUGAUCUUAAUGAGUUUUUUACUAUUAUAGAUUUCAUAAACCCAGGGAUCCUUGGAAGUUUCGGCUCUUUCAAAAGAAGAUUUAUUAUUCCUAUAACUAGAGCCAGAGACACUGCAAACAGAUACAACGAAGAAUUGUUGGAGAAGGGGGAGGAAAAGUCAAAAGAGAUGAUAGAAAUUACGAAAAGGUUUAUUUUGAGACGAACGAAUGCAAUUUUAGAGAAGUACCUUCCUCCAAAGACAGAUAUAAUUUUAUUCUGUAAACCGUACAGCCAACAGAUAUUGGCCUUCAAAGAUAUUUUGCAGGGUGCGCGUUUGGAUUUUGGACAACUGACGUUUAGUUCUUCACUAGGACUAAUAACUUUACUGAAAAAGGUUUGUAAUUCUCCUGGAUUGGUAGGUUCAGAUCCAUAUUACAAAUCACAUAUAAAGGAUGCCCAAUCUCAGGGCAGCUACAGUCGUUCCUUGAACUCUGGUAAAUUAAAGGUAUUAAUGACAUUACUUGAAGGGAUUAGAAAGAAUACCGAAGAAAAGGUUGUUGUGGUGUCUAACUAUACCCAGACAUUGGAUAUAAUUGAAAAUUUGAUGAAUAUGGCUGGAAUGUCACACUGCAGACUUGAUGGAUCUAUACCUGCUAAACAAAGAGACUCUAUUGUCACAUCUUUCAACAGGAAUCCGGCUAUAUUUGGAUUCUUGUUGAGUGCAAAAUCGGGAGGUGUGGGGUUAAACUUAGUCGGCGCUUCGCGGCUUAUUUUAUUUGAUAAUGACUGGAACCCUUCGGUAGAUUUGCAAGCGAUGUCAAGGAUUCAUAGAGAUGGCCAAAAAAAGCCAUGCUUUAUAUAUAGACUCGUAACAACUGGGUGUAUCGAUGAAAAAAUAUUACAGAGGCAAUUAAUGAAGAAUAGUUUGAGUCAAAAAUUCUUAGGUGACUCAGAAAUGAAAAAUAAAGGGUCUUCAAAUGAUGAUCUUUUCAACAAAGAGGACUUGAAGGAUUUGUUUUCUGUCCAUACAGACACCAAGAGUAACACUCAUGACUUGAUUUGUUCGUGCGAGGGUUUAGGGGAGGAAAUUGAGUACCCUGAAACAAAUCAACAUCAGAACGCUGUAGAACUGAAAAAGUCUGGAAUUGCGACAUGGACUAGUGCUCUGGAGUUACAAAAGGAAAUGAAUGAAGCGGCCACCAACGAAGAUGCUAAAAAGUCACAGUCCAUCAGGCAAUGCCUUGUUCAUUAUAAGCAUAUCGAUCCAGCAAGACAAGAUGAAUUAUUUGAUGAAGUUAUCACGGAAUCCUUCUCCGCGUUGAAAGAUAAUAUCACUUUUGCAUUUGUGAAGCCCAGCGAGAUAUGUCUUAAAGAACAAUGA